UCAUAUCCUGAGAACCAUCACAAUGAAACUGCUGUUGAUCAGCGUGAGUGCUGCACUCCUGCUGGGUUCCUGCAGAGCUGGUGGUCUCUACAACCGUGGCUCCUCCAUCGGAGUCAUCUCUGGUGGACAUGGAGUUGGUUUAGGAGGCGGCUUAGGAGGAGGCUUCGUAGGAGGCUCUCAUCUCGGUGGAGUUACCUCUGACUUUUCUUCACUAGGUCUUGGUGGGGGUUAUCCUGGCGUGGGUGGCGCCUCAGUCACUACUAAAGGCAUCGGUGGCCUCGUCAGAUCUACAGUUACAAAGGGCAUCGGUCACUCUGGUAUUGGUGGUUCAUUCGUAGGUCACGGUGGCUCCCUGGGAGCUAUUGGCGGUUCGUUAGGUGGUGUAAAAUCUUCCUUAGGUGGCAUUGGUAUUGGAGGUAUUGGAAGUUCCUUAGGUGGCAUUGGUAUUGGAGGUAUUGGAAGUUCCUUAGGUGGCAUUGGUGGUCACGGUGGCUCGCUGGGAGGUAUUGCUGGUUCAUACGGUGUCAGAGGCUCCUUAAGUGGCAUUGGUGGCUCCCUGGGAGGUAUUGGAAGUUCCUUACGUGGUGUUAAAACUUCCAUAGGUGGUAUUAGUGGCUCCCUGGGAGGUACUGGAAGUUCCUUAGGUGGUGUAAAAACUUUCAUAGGUGGCAUUGGUGGUCACGGUGGAUCCCUGGGGGGUAUUGGUGGUUCAUACGGUGUUAGAGGUUCCUUAGGUGCCAUUGGUGGCUCCCUGGGAAGUAUUGGAAUUCCCUUCGGAGGUGUUAAAAGUUCCUUAGGUGGCAUUGGUGGGUCUCUUGGUGGUCACGGUGGCUCCCUGGGAAGUGUUGGCACUAACUUUGUUGGUGUGAAGAGUUCAUUAGGUGGUCAUGGUGUCUCCCUGGGAGGUGUUGGUGGAUCCUUCGGUGUCCGUGGUGGACGAGGUGGCGCAUAUGGAACAUAUGGAAAAUAAAUGAACUCAUUGGUAAAACUUGCAGCGUAACUGAUAAUAAAAUUUCUAAUUAUUUAGAAAAAAUUAAAUUGAUUAUCAAUAAAAUCUUUGAAUUCCUCUA